CACUUUUUGGCCUUCACUGUUCCCCUGACAACCAUUGCCCUAAUGCUCAACAUCGCCCUUGCUCCGAGACCGUCGAUGUUAUAACAAAACAAAUUGGUCACAGACACCUGGGCCCACGCGACCCAGCUCUUUCCUCCACUCCUGCACCUCCCCGAUCCUCCACUCCCCUCUCCCCCCACUCUCACAUUCAGUACAUCACCGCGCAUCAGCUACUACCGAACCCCUCGCUGGUGCAACCCACCGUCGGCUUAUGUGUGUUUAUAUCGCCUUUGCACCCGCAUAAAAGCCUUGAUCUCCCCACUGCGCUCCUCAUUCCGUUUGAGAAUCCCUUCACUCACAAAAGAAAUCGAACCCUCCUAGCAAUCUUUUCUUAUCCCUCAUGGCUCGCUUAAGGUCUAUGGAGACGGGUGCGGCUUCUCCGGCCACUAAUUCAGCACUUGAUCGAAUUGCAGACGCCGCGUCAAAACUCAAUUCCACUGCUACCCCCGCUACAACCCUUGACUACCCAUCCUUGCCAAAACCCGAGUACCCUUCGUUAGAGAAGGUUCUGUAUCCGGAGACCCCCUUCAUCACUCCGAAGCCGGAUAGUCGGAUCCUGGCAUACGCUGCGACAACCGCGAAACAGCUUGGUAACUUCUCGGAGGAGGUUAAUGAUGGGGCCCCUACCACUCCUAGUAAUCCCGCGCAGAAACCCAAAGUUCCUAGUACCGGAUUUGAGUUCCGUGUGAUUAAGACCGGCGAGAAGAAGUUUGAGGAGUUUGUCCCUCCCGCUUUCCCGGCCUCCGUUACACCUGCGAGGCCAAUUGCGGAGAAGAAGAGUAGACGUUUUUCCGACGUUCACAAACGUCAGUUUGAGAAGAUGGAGAGUAUCACUACGCAUUAUGCUGCUAAGCGCACCCCGAAGCAACCGGUUACAAUCGAGAAGAUACCACGCGGUGUCAAGCGGACCAAGUCCCAUGCGGAAUUUGGUGAUCGUGGACCACCGAGCUCGCCGAGUCCUGUCAAGACGCUAGUUGGGGGUCCUUGGAAAGCUGAAUGCGAUGGCGCCAGCCCUCUGAAGAGGACUAAGAUAUCAGCUCUGAAGAUGGAGACGGUCUCCUUGCCCAGAAAACUGAGUGGGAUUCCGAGGUUAGCCGUGACCCCGACAAAGGGCUUCAAGAACCGCUCCGCCACGGUUGCGAAGAUUUCCACGGUUGGAAGAUUGAACCUUACGCCUGCUACUAGACAUAGUCUUGUUCGGGCCGGCACUACUCUCUCGAAGAUUCCGAGUGCUAUAGCUGCCCCAGCCAUAGAGUGUACAGAUCCAACCCCUAGCAGCGCCGCACUACCAAACCGGUGCAUCAAACUCCCAAGCACUGAUACCCCGAAGAAAGAAAGAAACCCACUUUCCCCGCCUAAGACAGAUGGUUUUACCUUCCGAAGCAAAGGUGCCGGAAUAGACUACAAACGUCUCCAUGGCAUGCACUCCCUGAACUAUAACCCCAAUAAAGACACCCCAACAGCGCCAACCCCAUUAUUGACUCCCAUGAGGACGAGCUCAGAAGAUCCAUUUGUAGGAAUAGCCCGCAGGACAGCUGUGGAAUGGGCGCCCGCCGCCACUGCACUCGGUGAGAAACGAAAAGCCUCCCACACCGGUGGUCAUGGUGGUAACGACACUGGGGAUGGAGAGGCUGUGGAUACUAUACGAGAAGGUGGUGCAAGGAAGAGGUUGAAGUUUGCCUCUACCGAGGAACCUUUUGCGAAAGCUACGGGGGCUAAGGAGACUAAGGAGGUUACAGCGGCUGCUGCUGCAGGAACCCCUUUGAAGAAGUCGCUUAGGGACCGUGGGAAAGCUGUACUUCUAAGGAGUAGGCUUAACAUGCUGGCUACGCCUAAAAGGAAAGUUGAGAUGGAUGGAGGGGGCAACGGCGAGAAAAAGGAUAAGGAUGCCGGGAGGAUUAGGUGGAAGUAGACUAGUAAUAUCCUUCUCUUUCCCCCAUAUCUUUGUCUAUGCUCCGGAUUUUCUAUCUGACUCUUAUGUUUAGCAUAGUGGUUUGAUUUAUUAAGUUAGACAAUUGCUUGAGAAAGUGAUUUGUAGUCUAAAUUUUUCUCCCCCUAUGAUACUCAGUUGUUUUGUCUUUUUCAUAAUCCCCUCUCCUUGACGGAGUAUAGGUUUAUUAGAAACUGGUGGUCAUUUCAUAA